AAACUGAAGAUUUCCAGGACUUCCAUAAAGAUCAGAGCUUUACAAGGUCUUGGUUUUUUUGAAGUUUCAAUUCAGUUCUUCAUCGAUGGCUGAAAGUACGGACAUGAACAGAGUGAACAGAAGAAUGGCCUCAAUCUCCAAACAUCUCACUCCGACCAAUCCACUUCCCAGCUCCAUUACUCUGUCCCACACUUCUUCCAUGGACGACAGCUACCAUCGCACCCACGGCCAAGUCCCGACUCACCCAGUUGUUUGGGAAGCUGCUAUUGACGAGUCUGGUAAGGAGUUCACUGACAUUAUCUACGAGAAAUCCGUCGGAGAAGGAAUAGCCAAGAUUACUAUUGAUAGGCCGGAGAGAAGGAACGCGUUCCGGCCGCAGACGAUUAAGGAGCUGAUCCGGGCUUUUAGUGACGCCAGGGACGAUACUUCCAUUGGCGUCAUAAUUCUUACUGGGAAGGGAACCAAGGCAUUUUGUAGCGGUGGCGAUCAGGCUUUGAGAAGCAAAGAUGGUUAUUCUGAUUUUGAAAAUUUUGGUCGUCUUAAUGUUUUAGACCUUCAGGUUCAGAUUCGUCGUCUUCCAAAGCCAGUAAUAGCCAUGGUGGCUGGUUAUGCUGUUGGGGGAGGGCAUGUGUUGCACAUGGUUUGUGACCUAACCAUUGCAGCAGACAAUGCCAUUUUUGGUCAAACUGGCCCUAAGGUUGGAAGCUUUGAUGCUGGUUAUGGGAGUUCGAUCAUGUCUCGCUUGGUCGGGCCGAAAAAAGCACGUGAAAUGUGGUUUCUAGCAAGGUUUUACACAGCUGCUGAAGCAGAGAAAAUGGGACUUGUAAACACUGUUGUACCGCUUGAGAAUUUAGAGCAAGAGACGGUUAAAUGGUGCCGAGAAAUCCUAAGAAACAGCCCAACUGCAAUUCGGGUGCUGAAAUCAUCUCUUAAUGCAGUAGAUGAUGGUCAUGCUGGACUCCAGGAACUUGGUGGAAAUGCAACACUCAUAUUCUAUGGUACUGAGGAAGGAAAUGAAGGGAAGACAGCAUAUGUGCAACGUCGACGUCCAGAUUUCACAAAGUUCCCCAGGCUACCUUAAUAUUAAACCAUCCCCAACACUAUUUGAUAUCUUCACUUAAACCUCAAAGAGUAUGCAGGCUCUAACAAUAGUCUGUUAAAAGCUUAUGGUGCAUGAAAUAUUUGUUUCAUGGUGUGCUUAACGAAGCAUAUGUUUUUCAAAGAGUGUGUACAAUUUCCAAAUCAAUUUGAUGUCUUCGUCUGACAUUUUCUUC